CAUUUCAAAUGGAAUUUGCCUUUCAAGCAGUUGCGGCGUGAAAUGUUUCAGCAAUCUUCGCAGUAUUCUUAGCUCACGGAAAAUACUAACAGGAGCCGUUUUGCAGUAUUGUGGUACUUGUGCUCGUGUUUUGUCGUGUUUUGCCCGUUUUUUUUGGAUGUGUUAAAAUUGACUGAAAACAUGGAUCGUUGGAAUACUUUCUUUAACGCCCCGUACUGCACCGAAUACGACGAGGACAUACUGGAAACGCUGAAAGAAUGCGAAUCCCGCAGAAUGAACGUACACUUCAUCUCGCCCCAGCUCGAGCACCGACGGUCCUCCGUUCAGCUUAUUCUGAACGUUUGCAAGCAGCAGUCCUACCGUCAAGCGACCGUUCACCUAGCAAUCUAUCUGCUCGACGUGUUCAUGAGCAACCACACGAUCGCGGUCGGUCGCCUCAAACUGGUCGCCCUCACGUGCCUGUAUCUGGCGUGCAAGAUUGAGGAAAACGAUUCCAGCGUACCGUCGCCGACCCGGCUGAACGGGUUUCUGGCCAACGUGUACCGUCCGGCCGAUUUCAUCGCGCUGGAGGUGGCAAUCCUGUGCUUCUUCGACUGGCACAUCACCAUCCCAACUGCGUCCACCUUUCUGGACAUCUUUGCGAUGCAUUCCUUCGAUCAGCAGGAUUGGGAUGCCGUCUCGCCACCAUGGAACGCGUGCGACUCUAUGGCCCUGUUAGUGCAGCACAUCAAUGAGACAAGCUCCACAAUUCUCGAAGCCACCUUGCUGCACUUGAAGCUUUCCACCGUUAAGCCGUCACUGCUUGCUGCCGGUUGCAUUGCGGCGGCCCGCUGUCUCACGCCCCGUGUGUCCGUUUGGAGCGACCGGUUGACCAGUGCUACCGGGUAUGAGUACAGCCAGAUCCACGAGGUAUGCCAGAUGCUACUGUUUGAGGCGAUGCCCCAAUCGCCUCGAUCGUCGCGGUCGUCUUUGAGCUCCUCUACCCCCAAACGUUCGACCAGUGAUGCAGGCUAUCUGUCGGAAUGGUGGGAAUCGGAAAAUGAAGAUGAAAAUGGGACCAUUAGCAGUUGCGUCAGUAUUAACAGCAGUAGUAGUAGUAGCAGUAGUACUAGCCAAGAUAGUAGUGAUACGCAAAGCUGUAGCGGAAGUGCUGGCAGCACAUACCGGAAGACCUGUCUUCGGUCCGAGCUGGUUCUCAGUGAUACGGGCGAAAGUGCCCCAAAGAAGCGUAAAAUGGCGGAUACAGAAAAAUAGCGUGUUGCCGAGCGGCACGUAGAUAUACACUCAGAGAAAAAGCGAGAGAUUAUUACGAUUACGAUGGUUAUGCAUGUUAAUGCUAGGAUAAUUGAACUGUUUGCCGUGGUUAGGCUUUAUUUCUAUACAAGGAAUAUCGGAAGGUAGCAUCUCUGGAUUAAAUUUCUCUGGUUGGAACUAGUAACUCUCUAUCAGAUUGCGAAUCACUUUAGGUUGUAGUAGUUGCUAGUUGCUCUUGUGCUGAGUGUCAUAGUACGCGGUUUGCGCUGGUCCUUCUGUUUUCUGUUAUCUUAGAUCAGCUUGAAAUGGUGCCCAUUGAUGACUGGCUUCGUCCCACAGGUGAGAUUCUGUGGAAGCUUCGAUAGGACGAACUGUAGGAAAAGGAUUGAAAAGCACACACAGAGAGAACGGAAAAUGCAUUAAUGUUUGAAAUUAAACUGCUAUUCUAUGUA